AUGUCUACUGGUGCUGUUGCUUGUCGCCACCGCCGGCUUUCCACAGACGCUGCCGGCGAUGAUUGUGGUGAUGGCGCCUCUCAAUACAGUGAAGAUGAUCUCUCCAGUGAUAGUUGCUAUGGAAAUAAGAAUGAUGACAUGAGCAUCACUGAAGAGACACGACCAUCCACAAAUCACCCGAUCUUCUUUCUCUUAUUCUUUGUUUAUCUGGCUGUACAUAUCUAUCUAUCUAUCUAUCUAUCUAUCUAUCUAUCUAUCUAUCUAUCUAUCUAUCUAAGCCUGUUCCUUAUCUAUCUAUCUAUCUAUCUAUCUAUCUAUCUAUCUAUCUAUCUAUCUAUCUAUCAAUCCAGUGUUCAUAUCUAUCUCUGUUUAUCACUGUUCAUAUCUCUCUCUCUCUCUCUCUACGUUCCAGAUGUCCUGCCCAGAUGCAACAGCAGCAGCCCCGCACACCACCUGACCAUCAAGUUGCCGGUAUGGAAGCAGGCGCGGCGGACACAAAACAACGUCGAAAGCAAAACACUUGAGUUGUUAUUAUUAGGCUGGCCUUUUCCAAAGCGGGCCAGUUCUCUUUGA